UCUAAUCUCUGGUGCAGGACAAAAGGUCGGGAUGAUCUCCAAGAGGCAAAAGGAUUCUGAUCCUUAGCUUGCCAACGCUGCCAGGAGAAUUGCUUUCGUAUAGUAUUAUCCUUGUCUUCAGAAUCUCACGACGAAUUCCAUUCUCCCAACAUCUUUAAGUACCUUCUUCCCAUUUCUCACAGAGAUCAUCCGAAGACAUUUCAGCUCUUCUUUCAGAAACCAUGCAUGUCCAUCCAACCUUAAGCGCUGCCCAAUAUUUAUGCCAUGCUCCUGUACAUGCUAAAACCUUCUCUCCCUCUUUACUGAGGAAGAACAUCUCCAACAGGAUGCCUAAACGGUGUCUACCACCAAACGCAAGUUCGACGCCGACCUCGUCGGACGCAGCAGGGGUAGAGGUUAGCAAACCCAAAAGAUCGGUCGGCGCAAGACUGCGUUCGGCCGUGAGGAACAGAAGCAUUAAGGAAUUCAUGGAAACCAUCAACGAGGAAUGGAGAGAUUAUUCUAGUUCCAUUCCAAUUCAUUAUUUGCCAAUGGAAGUCCUGCAAAUGUUGUACUGUUUCAUGGUGAGGAACGGCGGGAUGUUCCUGAUCAAACCGGCAGAGGAUUAUGCGGUUGAUCUCGGCAUCACAUGGACGGCGAGUUUGACGAAGGAUCAGUUACCCUUGGCCUUUGGCUGCAGCAUCAAUACAACUCAAGCAUACAGGGGGACUGUACUGCUAAAGAAUGCAAAAUAUAUUGUUGACUCGCUGAUCCGAAUGCAGUUGACACAGAAGUUGGAGAAGAUUCUUCUGCCCAUGAUAGAUAAGCUUGCACUCAGCUGCUCCCUUGAAGAGAAGGAAAGGAUGGCCCUAAUAUUUCCCCUGCUUAGUGUACUGGUCAUGGUUGUAUCUCUUAUCUCCUUAAAGAACACAGUAGUCUAACAUCCCAUGUUUCUGCAGAUACAUAAAAAAGAUCAAGAAAUAAAUCAAGUAUUCCACUUCUCUAUGAAUUAGCUGAUGGAAAGUCGGGCAUGGGAGAAGAAUGGAACCAUAUAGAACUCAUACAAGCAGAUUCAACGCAUGAGCAACAUUAAGAACAUUUUCGAGGAUCUUCUUGUCGCAGAAUGUUUCUGAUCUGAUGAAAGACGUCAAUGUAAGAGAAAUAAGCGACGUAUAUGAAUGUUGUCCUCGAUCAUCGUGGCAUC